CGCCGCCUCCCCCAUGCCGCCCUCCGGGCUGCGGCUGCUGCCGCUGCUGCUGCCGCUGCUGUGGCUACUAGUGCUGACGCCUGGCCGGCCAGCCGCCGGACUGUCCACCUGCAAGACCAUCGACAUGGAGCUGGUGAAGCGGAAGCGCAUCGAGGCAAUCCGCGGCCAGAUCCUGUCCAAGCUUCGGCUCGCCACCCCCCCGAGCCAGGGGGAGGUUCCGCCCGGCCCGCUGCCCGAGGCCGUGCUGGCCCUUUACAACAGUACCCGCGACCGGGUGGCCGGGGAGAGCGCCGAGACGGAGCCCGAGCCCGAGGCGGACUACUACGCCAAGGAGGUCACCCGCGUGCUAAUGGUGGAAACAAGCAAGGACAUCUAUAAGACUGUCAAGCAGAGUCCACACAGCAUAUAUAUGUUCUUCAACACAUCGGAGCUCCGGGAGGCAGUGCCCGAUCCCGUGCUGCUCUCCCGGGCAGAGCUGCGUCUGAUGAGGCUCAAGUUAAAAGUGGAGCACCAUGUGGAGCUGUACCAGAAAUACAGCAAUAAUUCCUGGCGCUACCUCAGUAACCGGCUGCUGACCCCCAGUGACUCGCCGGAGUGGCUGUCCUUUGAUGUUACUGGAGUCGUGCGGCAGUGGCUGAGCCAGGGAGAGGUAAUGCAGGGAUUUCGCCUCAGUGCCCACUGCUCCUGUGACAGCAAAGAUAACAAACUUCAAGUGGACAUCAACGGGUUCAGUUCUAGCCGCCGAGGUGACCUGGCCACCAUUCAUGGCAUGAACCGGCCCUUCCUGCUCCUCAUGGCCACCCCGCUGGAGAGGGCCCAGCACCUGCACAGCUCCCGGCACCGCCGAGCUCUGGACACCAACUACUGUUUCAGCUCCACGGAGAAGAACUGCUGCGUGCGGCAGCUCUACAUCGACUUCCGCAAGGAUCUGGGCUGGAAGUGGAUCCACGAGCCCAAGGGCUACCACGCCAACUUCUGCCUGGGGCCCUGCCCCUACAUUUGGAGCCUGGACACGCAGUACAGCAAGGUCUUGGCCCUGUACAACCAGCACAACCCGGGCGCGUCGGCGGCGCCGUGCUGCGUGCCGCAGGUGCUGGAGCCGCUGCCCAUCGUGUACUACGUGGGCCGCAAGGCCAAGGUGGAGCAGCUGUCCAACAUGAUCGUGCGCUCCUGCAAGUGCAGCUGAGGACCCGCCCCCGCCCGGCAGGCCCCGCCCCCGGCAGGCCCGGCCCCGCCCCCGCCCGCCUCGCCCGGGCUGUAUUUAAGGACACCGCGCCCCAAGCCCACUGGGGGGGCCAUUAAAGGUGGAGAGAGGACGGGGUCUCCGUGUCGUUGGGCGCCUGACGUUCCCGGCCUCCGCUCCAUCUGCCGCCUCCUGUCUCUCUCGCGUUCAUCUGCCCCUCCUCGCACGAACACUCCCCUUCCAAGUACUCCUGGGGAACCCUGGUUAGGUUUAUUGAUUGAGCGCCUUGGGCCCCGUUCUAAGCGCCUUAUGUUCAUUAACUCAUUUAAUCACCGUAACAAAGCUCUGAGAUACAGGGACUCUGAUAAUACCCACUUUAAAGGUGAGGAAACGGAAGCCCCGAAAGGUUAAGGGAAUAGAUUCUGCCCACCGGGAAUCUACUUUCUGGGGAGGAGACAGACAUGGAAGGGGCACCAAACAGGCAAGCAGAAUGGAGCGAGAGAUGGCUGUGGAGAGGAGGGAGGGCUUCUCGGAGGAGGUGGCAUUUGGGACUUGAAGGAAGCCAAGAAGGUAGCCUGGGGGAGGAUCACGGGAGAGUGUCCUUGCUAGGAGGACAAAAGCAAAGGCCUGGAGGUGAGGGUGAACUUGGGGUGAGCUCCACAGGGAAGGAACAGGCCAGUGUGGUUGGAAGGGAGGGGCAGGAGGAAGGGUGUUGGGAGCUGAGUCAGAUGGCAACACUCACAGGCCAGAAGUAAUAACAAUUCCCCACGCCAGGUAUGAAUCUACUAGCUUGCUGCAUUCUGCCCACAGCCUGGCGGAGCAGGGGCUGGCAAACUACUGCCUGCAGGCUAAUUCUGACCCGCUCCCUGUUUCUGUAGAGUUUUAUUGGAGCACAGUCACGCUCGUUCGUUUAGGUAUUGUCUAUUGCUGUUUGUGCUACAAGGGCAGGCUUGAGUAGAAACUGUAUGCAAAGUCAAAACUAUUUACUUCCUGGCCCUUUAUAGAAAAAGUUUGCUGACUCCUGCUGUAGAGACUAUUUGCUCCCCACUACACAGAUGGGAAUACUGAGGCACAGGGAGGUUAAGUUACUUGUUAAGGCCACAGAGCUAGCAAGUGGCAGAGCUGGGAUUUGAACCUAGGCAACUGGAGUGGAGGGUCUAUGCAGGUAACCUCUGCCCUGGUAUGGCUUUCCACAUCAGGCCUGUGGGCACCUGUGAGAACUUGUACUCUGGGGCAGACAGGAGCCCUGACAGGGUUCUGAACAGGAGAGGUGUGAUCUGACAUCGGUGCUCAGACCGUCCCUCUGGCUGACGGUUGAGAGUAGACUGAACGGGGGAGAGGGUGACUGCAGGGAGACCGGUUGUCUAGGCGAGAAAUGACAGUGCCCUGACAUAGGGUAGGUUUCCCUCUGCUGUCUCAUUUCUUCCCAUCUGCUGUGGUCUUGCUUGUGAACUCUCGCCUGCUUCCUCUUUCUCUGGCCUCUCAGUUUCCCCUCUUCCUCCCAGCUUUCAGUUCCUCCGUCUCUCUCCCGUGCCCUUCCCAGGUCCGGGCCGACCUGCUCUUCUGCCCAGUGACUGUCCUGGGGGAGGACAGUGUUUGUUGAUGGGUGGCAUUAGGUCGGGGUAAGUGGGCACCAGGGCUCUCCCAGCCC